AUGAAGGAGAUCAUCAAACGUUUGGGUGCUGUCCGUGCUACUCGCCUUCCAGGAUGGCGACCUAGUGAUUCUUACUGUGCCUGGUUGGAGACACUACAAGAUAUGGCUGCCAACCGAUGUCAGUGGCGUCCUUGUUGUCAGUUUCUAUCUAGAUUGCCUGAUGGAUUACUUUUGAGGAUCCAUCACAACUGGCAAACAGAUAGUCUCGGAGGAGGUCAAAGGAGCUCUCGAGCAGCAUCCAUACAAGCUGUGGCGCCAAAAACGAAUGUCUCCUUUUUCCUUAUUUGUUUGGUUUUUCAAUCGACGAGCUAUUGUAGUGGUCAGAGGAGGGUACCAGGAACCCUAAUGCUUAGGUAUUUGCAAGUGCAGGCGUUGUUGAUACGCAGUGCGCAGAUGACAAAGACAAGGUCAUUCCGCAGGACCGGAGUCAUUGGAGGCGUUUCUUACAAUCCAAAAAUUAAACUACAAGGUGAAAAGACUUUACUGCCAAGAAAUUUGAAUAAGCUGUGGUAUUAA